GCCGCCAGGCUGCCAGUCUGCGUCCGCUGCUGCUGCUGCACAUCAAAGCCUGAUGAGACACCGUGGAGACGCUGUCAGCCUCCUCCAACCUGCUUCACGUCGAGGCCGCUCGGAUGCGGGGUGCUUCAUAUCUGCGGACGCUUCGAGAAGAAAAAGGAGAAGGAGCAGGUGCACCGAAGUCCCCGCCGCCGAGGUUUCCUCUCUCUGAGUGAUUUGGGGGGAGCUGUUGUUCGUUGUCACUUCCGGGCGAGCAGUCGGUACCACCGGCAGCUCACAUCGCCGGCGGAGGAGGAGAAGAAGAGGAAGUUCGGCAGCAUCGAUGCUUCGCGCGGGGAGGAUGGAGGAGUUUGUCACGGAGGAAGAGGAGCCGUGGUACGACCAGCGGGACCUGGAGCAAGACCUGCAUUUGGCAGCGGAGCUCGGCAAGACCCUCCUGGAACGCAACAAAGAGCUGGAGGACUCUCUGCAGCAGAUGUACAUCAACAACGAGGAGCAAGUGCAAGAGAUUGAGGUGUGCUACUCCUGGGCUGCUGUGUUCCUUUCCUACUCAGUUAUGGUGUAAAGUGAGGGGAAGAAAUGGCAGAAAACAGCACGAGUGUGUGAGAAGAAAAAAAAACACGUGCAGAAUGCGUCAGCCUCUUCACAGCUCAAAAUCUGCAUGUUAACCAGCACCAUGGAGACCCUACAGAGCCAGGUGGACAGUCUCACAGCUCGGGUUGAGGAGCUGCGAACUUUGGAGGAGCUGAGAGUCCGCAGGGAGAAGAAGGAGCGUCGCAAGACCAUCCACUCUUUCCCCUGCCUCAAGGAGCUCUGCACUGCUCCGAGGUAUGAGGAUGGUUUCCUGCUGGCCAAUCCGGGUAGCGUGGACCUGGCUGAGCGACAGCCGCUGGAUGAGGAGAACGACCGUCUGAGAGACAUCGUGUCGUCGCUGCACUCGGCCAUGGCUGCAGAGCGGUCCAAGCGGGAGGGUGCAGAGAGGGAGUGUGCUGCUGUGCUGCAGGAGUUUGAGCGCCUGGAGCAGCGUCUCCUAGGAGCAGAAGGAUGCCAGCUGCGGGUUCAGGAGUUGGAAGCUGAGCUCCAGGAGAUGCAGCAGCUCAGGAAGUCCAGGGUGUGUCUGAUUGGUGACAUGGAAGACGGCCUAGAGAAUCUGCUCAAUAACGGCCCUGAGACUGACACUCCAGAGGAGAGUCCAGGGCAGGAGGACGGAGGCGAGGGAGGUGCUGGAGAGGCUGGGCAGCAAGGUGGACCGGUGAGAAAAAGCUGCAGCGACACAGCCCUGAACGCCAUCUCAGCUCGUGACGCAACAGGUAGACGGCAGGGGAGCUAUGCCCUCCACGCCAACGGCGUGCGCAAACGGGGCAUGUCCAUCCUGCGGGAGGUGGACGAGCAGUACCACGCGCUGCUGGAGAAGUACGAGGAGCUGCUGGGGAAGUGCAGGCGUCACGAAGAGAGCCUGUGCCACGCAGGGGUGCAGACCUCGCGCCCCGUCUCCAGGGAUCCCUCCAUGAAGGAGUACAACAUGGCCACCGCGGGGCCUUCCACCUCCGGAGACGUCGUGAUCGCCGCCGCCCCCCCUACACCCCCUCAGACUCCCUCCACCCCUGAAGCCCUGGAGGGGAUCAGCAGGCAGGUGGAGCAGGUGGACAAACGGCUGAGCCAGAACACGCCAGAGUACAAGGCGCUGUUCAAGGAGAUCUUCUCCCGACUGCAGAAGACAAAGAGCGACAUGAACACGAGGAAGAGCAGAAAGACUAACAAGUGAGGCACAGAUGAGAUACUACAAACAUCUCAGUUUACCAAACUGUUUAAAGGCUUCUCAUUUAACCGUUUGGCCACCCUUCACUGCUGUAUCCUGUUUCACAUGAAACUGCCAAAGGGAUGAAAUGCUUCUCCUGACUGUAACUGACAAACUAUCUGAAUGGAGGGUUUUGUUGUGACGUCGUUUGUAACUGAUGCAGAAAUGACUCCGUUUAUUUUGCAUUUAUGAUAAACACUGAAGCCAAAUAACAGGCCAACUUUCAGAGGCUUUAAAACUUGCAGCAUUUACAGCAUGCAUCUGGCUGAUAACACAAAAAAAAGCUAAAUCUGUCUUUGAGAAAAAGAGGAAUUUCAAGCUUUUGAAUGGCUCAAUGAGCUUAAAGCUUUUUGAACUCACCGGAUGGCACAAAAUCGGUGUACCUCCUGAACAGGCGGCGAUGCUUCUGCAUCUUUUUCAGGGAUUUAUUUCAUCAUUUCCACACUGUGCUGCCACAUGAUCCAACUUGUUCCUGUAAUAGGCUGUUUUAAUGUUUCCUGUUGAUUAAAAUAACUACUGCAUCAA